ACGCCCCCUACUUCUCGAACUAGGUACCUUCCCUUCGGAGUCCCACCCAUAUAUAUAUAAACGGAGACACAACUGGUUAUCUGUAAACUACUGCUGACAUUCCCACGAGUCGUGUCUCUCCUUCGUUCCGUCUCAUCUUCGUCUUCGCUCUGAAAUUUGACAAAAGGACGCCAUGUGCGACGACGAUGCAUCAGCCCUUGUGUGCGACAACGGCUCUGGCCUUUGCAAAGCUGGCUUCGCAGGGGACGACGCCCCCCGCGCCGUCUUCCCUUCCAUCGUGGGUCGCCCUCGCCACCAGGGUGUGAUGGUCGGUAUGGGUCAGAAGGACGCCUAUGUCGGCGAUGAGGCCCAGAGUAAGAGAGGUAUCCUGACGCUGAAGUAUCCUAUCGAGCACGGCAUCAUCACCAACUGGGACGACAUGGAGAAGAUCUGGCAUCACACCUUCUACAACGAACUGAGAAUUGCACCGGAGGAGUCGCCAGUUCUCUUGACCGAGGCGCCGUUGAACCCGAAGGCCAACCGCGAGAAGAUGACGCAGAUCAUGUUCGAGACCUUCAGCUGCCCAGCGAUGUACGUCGCCAUCCAGGCCGUGCUUUCCCUGUACGCCUCUGGUCGUACCACAGGCAUCGUGCUUGAUUCGGGUGAUGGCGUCUCUCACACCGUUCCGAUUUACGAGGGCUACGCCCUCCCACACGCUAUCCUCCGUUUGGAUUUAGCAGGCCGUGACCUCACGAAUUACCUCAUGAAGAUCAUGACCGAGAGAGGCUACUCCUUCACCACCACCGCCGAACGAGAGAUCGUCCGCGACGUCAAGGAGAAACUCUGCUACGUGGCUCUCGACUUCGAAAACGAGAUGGCUCAAGCGGCUGCUUCGACUUCCCUCGACAAGUCCUACGAGCUUCCAGACGGCCAGGUCAUCACCAUCGGCAACGAGCGUUUCCGCGCGCCCGAGUCUCUCUUCCAGCCCUCUUUCCUCGGCAUGGAAUCCUCUGGAGUCCACGAAACGGUCUACCAGAGUAUCAUGAAAUGCGACGUCGACAUCAGGAAGGAUCUCUACGCCAAUAACGUCAUGUCUGGAGGCACCACCAUGUACCCUGGUAUUGCUGACAGGAUGCAGAAGGAGAUCACGAGCUUGGCUCCUUCCACCAUCAAGAUCAAGAUCAUCGCUCCCCCUGAGAGGAAGUACUCCGUCUGGAUCGGUGGGUCCAUCCUGGCUUCCCUCUCAACUUUCCAGGCUAUGUGGAUUUCCAAAGACGAGUAUGACGAGUCCGGCCCUGGGAUCGUGCACAGGAAAUGUUUCUAAUUCCCCAGAAAAUGCCAAACUUUUUUUUAAUGGCAUUUUAUCCUCUGUAAUACCAAUUUAAUUUUUGUGUUCGAUGACAAUUUCCAGUGUUCCUCUUACAGAUUAAAAAUAUUACAGAUUUU